AUGGCAGGCCAAAAGCGCAAAGAUACGACGCGAUCAUCAAAGCAACCAUCUACAAUGCCCCGAAAGGUUUCAAACAAAAAGAACAAGAAAGACAGCACCUCCGACACCCAGCGCUGCAAUCAACAUGCGUCUGUCUUCGUCCGUCUCCCACGCGAAAUCCGCGACAUCAUCUACCGAGAAAUCUUCGUCUUCCCCGUAACCGUCCACCUCGCCUACGUGGGAACUACACGAACACGCAAAUUCCGUAGCUUUCUCUGCGAGUUAUCCGAAGAUGAGCAGCCCGAGAAGCGCCCGCAGCCGCUCUGUCCAUGUUGUCGAGUCAACCACCACCGCUGCUCACCACGGAAGGGCACGUCUGACGACGUCGUGGAGCGUCCUUCGUCCGAGGCUCGAACCCAAGCUAGGGUUCUGGCGUUGCUGCGGAGCUGUAGAAGGGUGUACGACGAGACGGUUGAUAUGCUCUACCGCGAAAACACAUUCUACAUUGAGAAUCCGCGCACCCUGCUGGAACUCCCGUCGUCUUUAUCCCCGGCGCGACUCAGUUCGUUCCGGCAUCUGUACCUGGAAUCGGCACGGUAUGGUGAGAAUACCCCGGCUGACCGUUUGGAUAAAUGGGCAGCGGUUGUUGCUGUGCUGGAACGACUUGACGGACUUGAAACCCUGGUUGUUAUUCUACGGCCGAUGUUUGGGUUGGAAUGGGAGGUUGAGGAGCUGAUGAAGCCACUUGAGGCGGCUGGGCUACCGGUGUUGAGGGUAGUGAGAGAUCCCAUGAUCUACAUGGCUCGUGCUAGUUCGACGACUCGUUGUAAUCUUCAUGCGCUGAGAUGA